AUGAAUAGCGAUCGCUCAGUUGUACCAUUGGAAUCUAAUCCAGAGGUUUUUACCGACUUCGCUCAUGACCUGGGUCUCAUUGACUCGUAUGGUUUCGUAGACGUCUAUUCGCUGACUGAUCCAGACGUGCUGGGAUUUGUGCCCAGACCGGUAAAAGCUUUGAUCCUGCUAUUUCCUAUUAGUGAGGUCUCUGAGUCCGACAAGAAUACAGAUACGAAGAAGAUUGCGCAAGCAACUGAGGAUGGGAAUCAGCCCAUUUGGUUUAAACAGACCAUAAAGAACGCCUGCGGGCUUUACGGUCUACUUCACUCUCUGGCUAAUAAUAUCGAUUUACUGAAGCCUGAUUCCAAGUUGAAGCAGUUUAUAGGGUCGAACCCUAGCGAUAAUGGUCAGUAUGCUAACGCUGCGACAGACGACUUUGUGAUAUCACUGAGCUUGCAACAUGCGGAUAAGUUCCAGCAAGGGCAGACAGCCGCACCUUCAGCUUCUGAAGACGUUGAUCUGCAUUUUAUAACGUUCGUUGAGCGCAAUGGCGAGAUUUACGAGCUAGAUGGACGGAGGCUUUCCGGUGCCAACUGUUUGGGAUCCAUUACUGACAAUAAUUCCGAUCUCGUUGGGAAUAAGAUAAUCACCGAUAGGGUUCAGUGGUAUAUCGAGAACGCUGAUGAGAAGAAUAGACUCAAUCUAUCUCUUUUAGGACUGGUACAACCAUGGGAUUAG